AGGCAAAAUGUGGAUGAUGAACGCCUCGAUGGUGGGGCUGAUGGCAGCUCUACCAGUCCAGCUGGCAAUCGACCGCUUCUAAGCCCCGUUGAUGGAGAAGAUGGACCGCAAGCAAUUCCGCUACGUCACGUCACCUCUCAAGUGGUCGAUCGUCAUAAGAUUGGGCAGAUUUUCGGUGUGGGCACUGUUAUAUCACUCGAUUUUCGGCUUAAUUUUGCUGGUACUGACGUGCACGUUGUGGAUGUUCAAGGAUUCGCGUGGAGCCUCAUUCUCAAUGGCCCCAGCGAUCACGAUAUAUGUUGA